AGGCCCCCCUGGCGCACGGGAGGCGGCGGCGGCAGCAGCAGCAGCAGCGUAGGCCCCUCUCGGGCUCCCUCGGGCGGCGGCCGGCGCCAGAGCCCCUCCCGGGCGGCGAGGAAGUGCAUGGCCGCGGCCGGGGCGGCGCUGGCGGCGGGCGCCGGGCCGGAGCGCGUGUGAGCGGGCGAGUGCGUGCGUGCGCGCCGCCCGGCCCGCCUGCCUCCCUCCGCGGGGCCCGGCGCGGCCCAUGCAGCAGCAGCAGCAGCAGCAGCAGCCUGACUCAGCGGCGGCCGAGGCCGGGCCCAGGAAGAUGGCGCACCCGGCGCUGCUCCCGCGGGCGGGCGGCGGCGGCGGCGGCGGCCUGGAGGACCCCCCGGCGCCGGGCCUGGGCCCGCCGGGCGCGCAGCUGAAGAAGAAGAGCGGCUUCCAGAUCACCAGCGUGACGCCGGCGCAGAUCUCGGCCAGCCUGAGCUCCAACAACAGCGUGGCGGAGGACACGGAGAGCUACGACGACCUGGACGAGUCGCACACCGAGGACCUCUCCUCCUCCGAACUGCUCGACGCCUCCCUCUCGCGCGCCACCGACCUGGGCGCGCCCGAGCGCAGCUCCUCCGAGGAGACCCUCAGCAACUUCCAGGAGGCCGACUCGCCCGGCGCGCUCUCGCCCAACCAGCCGCGCCCGCCGCCCCACCUCAACGGCGCGCCCCUCCCGACCCCGCCGCCCCCCGCCCGCGCCCCGCCGCCGCCGCCGCCGCCGCGCGCCCCCGCCAAGCCGCCCGCUGGCAACGGGCCCGCCGCCGCCGCCGCCGCCCCCCCUCCGCCCGCCGCCGCCACCGCCGCCGCCUCCCGCUUCCGCGUGGUCAAGCUGGACUCCACCUCGGAGCCCUUCAAGAAGGGCCGCUGGACCUGCACCGAGUUCUACGACAAGGAGAGCCCGGCGCCGGGGCCCGACGGGGCGGCCCUCCACAAGGCCCUGGAGGCGCUGCGCCAGGCCCCGCCGGAGGCCGCCGCCGCCGCCGCCUCGGAACGGGAGAGCACCAGCGGCAGCUCGGUCAGCAGCGGCCUGAGCACCCUGAGCCACUACACGGAAAGCGUGGGCAGCGGCGAGGGGGGCGCGCAGCAGGCCGAGUUCGGCGGGCCCGGCCCCCAGCCCCUGCUCGCCCCUGCCGGCCUGCCCCAGAGUGCCUCUCAGCCCCAGCUGCACCACGAGGCCGGCUACCCUCCGCACAAGGCGGGAGCCCCGCCGCCCGCCUCCUCCGCCGGCGUGGCCCUCCUGCCCCCCGCAGUGAGUGUGGUCGGGGGCCCUCCGCACCCUGCCAUCCCAGCAGUGGGGGCCCCGCAGAAGCAGCCGCCCUAUACCCAGCCUGCGCCAGCCCUGCCACAAGCGCACCAGCUGACCUAUGGACCAGGGCAGGCCCAGCAGUUUCCUGUACAGAUGGCCCCUGGGCAUGUUAAAGCUGCAAAUCUGAACUCCCUCCCUGGGCCAGAUUACGUGCAGCAUCAGCAGGUGUUUCAGGCUCCAGCCCCUUCUGUACAACCCAGCCCUGUCAUGGCAGGAACAGGAGCCCCCGUGCCGGCUGCUCAAGCACCGAGCAUGCAGUCUUCUGGCCCAGCACACCUGCCGGUGGCCCCCGCUCAACCUGUUGCAUGUGUCCAAACCCCAAUGCCGGCGGCAGGAGCUGGCAUUCCAAUGAUGAGUGCUGCACAACAAGGCCCCGUGCCUCCUGUAGUGCAGCAGCCCCUUGUUGCCAAUCAGAUGACCUCAUCAGUGAUGCCCCCUAACGUUGCCCCUUCCCAGGCAGUGCCACCUGUUCCCACAGGGGUGAUUCCACCAGGGUCGCAAGCCGGCAUGUCCAGCCUUCCGCAGCCACUAGUUAUUGCUCCACAGACGACUCUGUUACCAGCCCAGCCACUGUUGCAAGCUGGAGAACCCCUGGCCCCAGGCGUGGCUGGGCAGCAGGUGCCUGCCGUUAGUCCUGGGCCUGCUGUCGGUCCUGUGCCCCUUUCAGGCCCCUCUGCUGCAAACGUGCCCCCUCCUCCUGGCAGCUUGGCACCCUCAAAGAACAUAGCACCAUCUUCAGGUGCACAGAAUGAGAACGUGGUUCAAAAGGUUCUCCAGUCUUCGUUGACAUCCACUAGCAUCAGUUUAUCCGUACCCCAAAAUCUACCGCCGCUGAACUGUGCCCAGUUCUCUGUACAAGCCCUCGCUCAGUCGUCAGCCAGCCGAGGCGAAGAAGCCAGGCGCUCCACAGAGCCUCUUUUGGUAGGCCUGGAAAGCAGUGCCGGAGUCCCCUCGGCUCUUUUGGAUGGGUCUGGCAGCAUGGCAUCCUCUCUCUUCCCCUUGAAGGCCCUUCCACUGACUGCACAGCUCAUGGAUGGUGAGGAUGAAGGGUGAUUUCGGAUCGCGGCGGGCAAUUCGUUGCCAACUUCUGGUGGGAGCUUUUGCAACUACUUGGAAUUGAACAAGGGCUCAGUUCAAGCCAUCACCCAGAAACAGACGGACAAUCCGAAAAAACUAACCAGAUAUUAGAACAAUUUCUAAGAUGCUACAUCAACUUCCAACAAGACAAUUGGGUUGAUUUGCUCCUGUUAGCAGAGUUCUCCUAUAAUAACAGUGUACACACGUUACACACGUUACACACGCCUUCACCCAGCUGGGAUCAGGAGCGAAGCAGGUAGCAAUACCUGCCCCCCCCCCAACCUGCCAGAAUCAGGCGCGGAAAGCAAAAAUAGGGACCACCCCGGUGCAAGCACAAGCAAAAUUACAGACGAAACCAGCUCUUUGAAGUGAAAACUCAAUGAAUACACAUUAAGAACACUCAAAUUAUCAAAAAUAUAGUUAUAAUGUGUAUAUACAAAAUAAUCCAAAUACUGAAGUAAUCAAGAUGUGAGUAUUACAACAACCAUCCCAGUAAAUACAUCACAAAAGUGCUCACUGGCACAAAACAGUAAAGGGGGGGGGUGCACGCAGGCACCUCCUAAGAAUUAUACAACCCAAAGGCAGCAGCACUCAAUUACAAAUAUACAAGGGGGCACACUGGCACUACCAUUCACUUAGGCAGCCAUGGAACGGUUUACAAGGGAUACCGUCCACAGCAAAAACAUUUAAAGGGCGAAAAUGUCCAAUAACAUCAAGCUGCAAUUGAAGAAAAGAGGCUGUGAAGAAAGAGCUGAAGGGGUCCAACGCCCAGUCAGCAAAUUCAGCCUCCUCAUCAGCCACAGGACGGGAUUUGCCAGCAUACGUAGUAUUAGCCCAUUUCGUGAAUGGAUCACUUCUUCAGCAGGCACAUGUAGUUAGAUCCCUGUGGAACAGUUUCGCAUACUCUCUCAGUGAAGCCGCCAAUUAGUCACAGCGUCUAGAGCAUGUUGUAUUUUUUCCCACAACGGGCUUUUUUUUACUAGUGAGAUAUAAUCUCUGACAAACUUUAGAAAUAUGUUGGUGGCUGGUUCUUGCAGGCGUAGGUAGCCUCAAUUAAAGAUGUAACAUUUCCGGAAAUUUUGAAGCAAUUCGGGAACAAUGUUUUUUUUCCAAAGGAAAAAGUUCAGUAUUUCUGUCUGCAAUACAUUUUAAAGUCAAACCUAAACUUAUUUUACUGUUUCAACAACAUGAAGUGCAUCACCUAUAAUUUUGCAUAUAACAUUGUCCUAUUUUGCAUGUUUAUGAAAUUUUAAAAAUAUGAAUGCCUUAGUUUUUUACAAAUAAAAUUGUGAACAUACUGAUAAUUGAGAGACCUUCAAACUGCUACUCUCUGUGGUACCGCAGCAUUUGCAUUUUGACCUGUGCCAUCUGAUAGGUAGGAAAGAAAUGAAUAGAAAAUGAAUUUUGUAGUAAACAAAAGUGUAUUAUUUGAAUAGAAACAACCACUAGACUACAAAUCCAGCAUAUUUGUUUGUUUGUUUGUUUUAUAGCCCGCCUUUCUUGCAGAGACUCAAGGCAGAUAAAACAAGAAAACAACCAGGCAGAAGAGAACUCUACUUAACAGUCCAGUAGGACUGUGUCUGGGUGUGGGUGUGUGGUGCCAUUAAGUCACAGCCUAUGCCAACCUCGUGGGGUUUUCAAGGCAAGAGACAUUCCGAGGUGGUUUGCCCUUGCUUGGUCUUCCAACUAAGUACUAACCAGGGCUGACCGUGCUUAGCUUCUGAGAUCUGUGAAACAACAAGGCAAUACCCGGUCGAGACCAACAACAAACAGAGCGGAGAACCACCCGGGCACUAAGAAAAUAUAUCCGUUUUUAUAUAUGAGGUUUUAACAAGAAAAUAAUCACAUUGGUUGUUGUGGG